CUCUGCGCGACACUGGUUUUCUACUAGCAAUGUGCACUAGCGCAGAAUAAUAGUAGCGAAGUCAAUGCACACUAACCAAUGUUCUGCGCUUUUGUUGUUCACGAGCAACCGGAUUGAAAAUAAACGUUUCAUUUCAGGAAGAAAAUAAUCCUGAUUGCUGCUGUCGUGGGAUGCGUGCUCCUCAUUGGCACCGUAUUGCUCACGGCAUCUUUGCUUAGCGGCUCUGACACGCACGAAGUCCAAUCCAACGGCGACGACGACGAUCCCAAAGACCAGUACGACCCAGGGUACCCAGACGCACCCCCACCUACUACUACACCGUCAACGUUACCAACGACCACCACCACUACAACGACGACGACUACUACCACCACAACGACAACGACCACCACAACGACCACCACAACCACGACGACUACGCACCUUCCCUACUUCACCCUCAUGUGCACCGUGGGUCAACGUUUCAAGAAACCAGACGCUUACCAGUCUCUGGGAUGUGAUUACUUCAUUUUCGACAGCGUCCUUCCAACAUCUGAUGGGCUCAAGGGAUCCGAGGAUCAGAAAGCCUGGGACUGGUUCAAAAGCAUGGCGUGGACACGUUCUCCAAAGCCGGACUUUGGCAUUUCGUUUCCGGGAAAAUAUGCCAAUGACUUGUAUUCGCGUCUCUCGAGCAACGUCAUGUAUCAACUGAGGCAGCUGUUAGGCAAAGGGUACAGGGCCUUCGGGGUCCUCAACUGCAAAGGAACGUCGUCCUUUCUGUCUGGUAGCACGGGAACCCAUCUCGGACAGCUGUUUAACACAAUCUUCAACGCCAUGACUCUGGCUCAAAGGAAUGCUGGCCUGAAGACUUUCUUCGUCGGACUGCAAGCGUCAUCAGGAGGCACAUCUCAAAGUAGCUCACUCAUGUCUUAUGCCCGUGCUAUAAGCCGCCUGAACAUGCUAAUUCUGCAGAGCCACAUCACACCACUGCCCCCUCUGACUGCGAGCAACUGCUACAUCUACCCUAGUAGCUCGUGGUCGCAGAAUCCCAUCCACGACAGCUCCUAUUCUUCCGUGGAACGGGCCUCCGCCUUGCUCUCUGAGGGCCCACGCUACACCAGUAUCCAGGCAUUCGCCAUUUCCUUCUCCAUGGCCGUGAAUAUGUACACCAUCUCCUCCAGCCCGACGUCGACUAAUACAAGGUUCAAAGAUUCCUGUGUCGCCAGCGCAAUCACCAGAAUCAACGACAUCUGCCUCGUACCGUCAAAUUAUGUCUCUAAUCAGUCCGACACCACUGAACGUAACCAGCGGGGUUACGUUACUGGAAAGCAAUUCGUCUUCUCGUACAGUACAAUGGAGAACAUGAUUGAAUUGUACAAGAAAGCUAAGGUGAAUAUGCAAAGCAAGAAACUCGGCGUGCUGCUAGUGGACACCCAGUUCGAUUACACCGAACACUGUUCUAGUGGCUCAUUCACAAGAGUGAUCGCUGUGAAAAACUAUCUCAACCUCCUACGUCGCAGUACGCCUUGAAAGAGGGGGAGGGAGGUUGCUACGUUGUCGCUGUCGUUCCGAACUUGUGCAAGCAAUAAAGUGCCGGAUGGCUGUGGUUGCCGGA